AUGAAUUUAACCGAUGGUGAGUUUGAAAGGUUGAGUAUCCCCUUCGUUGAAGAUGAGAUAGUACAAGCAGUUAGGCAGAUGGGAAGCUACAAGGCACCGGGCCCAGACGGGUAUCAACCGGUGUUCUAUCAGCGGUGUUGGGAGGAGGUUGGUGCAUCAGUCACACGUUUUGUGCUUGAGUUCUUUCAAACGGGAGUCUUGCUGCAGGUUACGAACGAUGCACUGGUAGUGCUGAUCCCAAAGGUUGUUAGUCCGGAGAAGAUUCAACAGCUGCGUCCGAUCAGUUUAUGUAAUGUUCUGUUUAAGAUCAUAACAAAAACUAUGGUAGGAAGAAUGAAACCAGUGAUGACGAAGCUAAUUGGGCCAGCUCAAUCAAGUUUCAUUCUGGGUCGUCUGAGUACAGACAAUAUUGUUAUUGUGCAGGAGGCUGUACACUCCAUGCGGCGAAAGAAAGGGAAACGAGGCUGGAUGCUUCUCAAACUAGAUUUGGAGAAAGCGUAUGAUAGAGUCAGAUGGGAUUUUCUGGAGGACUCCCUAAGAGCAGCCGGAUUCUCUGAAACAUGGAUUACAUGGGUCAUGCAGUGUGUGUCAGGACCAUCUAUUCGUUUGCUCCGUAAUGGUGAAAAGACAGAGCCUUUCAAACCGCUACGUGGGUUGCGUCAAGGUGAUCCGAUGUCCCUGUACCUCUUUGUGUUGUGUAUGGAGAGGCUUUGUCACCUUGUUGAGCAGGAAGUGGCUAUGAAAAACUGA